AAUUUGAAUGCUCUCUUCAUACACGCUUCACCCCAAAAGAAAAAAACCUCUCCAGUUUUACGAGCAAAAGAGAAAAUAGGGUAAGCAUUUCCUUCUUUCUUCAGUCUCUGUCUCUCUCCUCUUCCCCAUUUUUAUGAACACCCCAAUCUUCAUAUAUAUCAUCAAAGGAUAAGUAGAAAUGGGACGUGGAAAGAUACCGAUCAGGAGGAUUGAGAACCAGACUACUAGGCAGGUCACCUUCUCCAAGCGCCGAGCCGGGCUUUUGAAGAAGACACAUGAACUAUCCGUGCUCUGCGAUGCUCAGAUCGGUCUCAUCAUCUUCUCCAGCACCGGAAAGUUGUGCCAGUACUGCACCGAGCCCUACAGAAUGGAACAAAUUAUAGAGAGGUAUCAGAGGGUCACAGGAACUCGUAUCCCCGAGGAUGAUAGCCGGGAGCAACUGCACAAUGAAUUGGCAAUGUUGAGGAAGGAAACUCGUCGUCUUCAACUGAGCAUGCGCCGCUACACUGGCGAGGACAUGACAUCUAUCCCCAUUGGAGAACUGGACCAGCUUGAGCAAGAACUCGAGUGUUCUGUCAACAAGGUCAGAGACCGAAAGAACGAGCUAUUGCAACAACAACUGGAUAAUUUGCGUAGGAAGGAGCGCAUACUCGAGGAAGAGAAUGGCAACAUGUAUCGUUGGGUUCAGGAACACCGUGCAGCAUUGGAGUAUCAACAGGGAGCGUUAGAAGCAAAGCCGGUGGAGCAUCAGCAACUUCUGGAUCAAUUCCAAUUCUAUGGUGAACCCAGCAGUGUUCUCCAGCUUGCCCCCAUUCCUCAACAGUUUCACUCAUAUCAACUCCAGCUUGCUCAGCCCAACCUUCAAGAUUCAAGCAUCUAGCGCCGCAACUGAGAGUGAUCAAGCAUUGUGAUUGAGAACGGUUGCUUUAAGUCUCAUGGUGAAGUACUCUAGAAUAAUUGUGUGUUUCUGAUUUGGCAUUUCCCUUAAGUUUAUAUAUUUACUGAAGGAUGAAUUAAUCAAUUGUGUUUGACUAUGUUUGCAAUUCUUGGAUUAAAUUAAAUAUCAAGAUUAGUGUUAUGAU